UGAGUUUGCAGUGCAGCGUUCCGUUAGGCGAAGACGUCAUUGAAGUGCAGUCGUCCUCCUCCUCCUCCUCCCUCCUUCUCGUCCAUCAGAAGGAGGACGCGGACACACACAGGAAUUGGGACUACUUACUCCGCAGCCAGCCGUGCUGUACUGUGCCGUGUGUGGCCGCUUGAUGAGGUGACCUAUGCAUCGCCAGUAGCCGUCAAAAGCGGGGACAUCCCCUGUUCGUUCUUUUGAGUUGAGCAUGAGUAUGGAGGAUUAUGACUACCUGUUCAAAAUCGUUCUGAUCGGGAACGCCGGAGUCGGGAAGACAUGCCUCGUACGCCGCUUCACUCAGGGCCUUUUCCCGCCCGGACAGGGCGCGACGAUCGGGGUGGAUUUCAUGAUUAAGACGGUGGAGAUUAAGGGGCAGAAGGUGAAGCUGCAGAUAUGGGACACUGCGGGCCAGGAGAGGUUCCGCUCCAUCACUCAGAGUUACUACCGCAGUGCCAACGCCCUCAUUCUGACCUACGACAUCACCUGCGAGGACUCCUUCCGGUGCCUUCCCGAGUGGCUGCGGGAGAUCGAGCAGUACGCCAACAGCCAGGUUGUCUCCGUCUUAGUCGGUGAGUGGCCUUUAGUUCGGAGGAGGUACGUCUCAGAUUCUCAAGUCUAUCGUCAAAUGACAAAUGACAACACGUUGGGAGUCGGACAAGUAACAAGAUCGACCUGUCGGAGAAGCGUGAGGUGGCUCGGCAGCGUGCCGAGGACUUUGCUGAGGCGCAGCGCAUGCUGUACCUGGAGACCUCCGCCAAGGAGUCGGACAACGUGGAGAAGCUCUUCCUGGACCUGGCCUCCCAGCUCAUCCGCGAGGCCAAGCACAACAAGCUGGACGACAACGAGGCGGCCCCCGCGCCCGGCGAGGGCAAGACCAUCAGCUACCUGAGCUGCUGCAGCCUCAA